AAACGCUCCUAUUAGGGUUUUAGCAUGGCGUGCCAUAGGGUUUCGUCGUUCGUCGCCCUGGGAGGCGCAUUGGGGGGCCGCCAUGGAGUUCCAUCGCAGGAUCACAUCUUCUUCCCUUGCUCCACCGCUCAAUCCAGGCCCCGGAGCUUCGCCGGCUCCAAGAAUCCCCGAAAAUCUCCCUGCUGCUUCGCUCAGGCGGCGCAGCUCGAGGCCCUGGGCAUCACCGAGACGGGGAAGUUCUCCAUGAGCGACGACGAUCUCUCCUCGCGGGGAUUCCAGCUCCACAGGUCGCUCGACAACAUCAACCUCGACGAUCUCAACGCGCUCUUCGUCAAGGUGGGCUUCCCUCGUCGCCAAAACGAGAAGCUUUUACGUGCUUUGGAACACACAGGGACCAUGCUGUGGGUCACAAAGGCUGGCAGCGUCAUAGCUUUCGCCAGGGCCACGGGCGACGACGUCUUUAACGCGAUCAUCUGGGACGUGGUGGUGGAUCCAGCGUUCCAAGGGAUUGGUCUGGGAAAAGCAGUGAUGGAGAGGCUCAUGGCCGACUUGACAAGGAAGGGAAUCACCAACAUCGUUCUCUAUGCCGAGCCCAACGUUUUGGGAUUCUACAAGCCGCUGGGAUUCGUCGUGGACCCGGAUGGGAUUCGUGCGAUGUCCCUGAGUCGCAGACGAAGAGCAUAGGUCACCGUGCUCGAGAACUUGGCAUUACUGGGCUUGCAAACUUAUGGUACGUGUUCAAGGAUUGCAAAGCUGUCAUUCUUGAGUUUUUCUUGCUCGGGACGUGAUGUUGUAGUAAAAGGUCUGAGGACAGGUUUAUCCUAGAGUGUCUAGGAAGUGGCCAAGUUGGAUGGAGGACAGCUUUUGGAAAUGCUCGAGUUUAGUAUUUCACUAUUGCAAGUCCUCCACAGUUUUAUCUUGUUUAAUUGCAGAAGGUUGAGAAAAA